AUGGCAGCGAUAGCGACCACGCCCUACAAAUUCCCGCCGCACUACAGCUUCCCGCCCUUCUUCACGCUGCAGCCCGUCGCCGCGACGCGCGCCUCGCAGCUCGCCAGCUGGAGCGCGCACAUCCAGGCCUACUGCCGACACCACCGCCGCUUCCAGCUCUCGCUCAUCGACGCCCUCGACACCGAUCUUUUCUGGAACCGCAAGCUCGGCAAGCGUCUCGCCCUGCGGGAUGCCCGCGACGUCGUCAACUACAUGUGCGGCGCCGAGGGCGGCCAUCGCGCUGAGUGGGUGGACGGCGAUAAGAAGAAGGGUGGUGGUGAUGGCGAGGCCGCGCAGGCGUGGAUCUACUGGCGGAGGCCGGAGGAGUGGGCAAGCUUGAUUGAGGGAUGGGUCGAUGCGACGGGCCAAAAGAACACGGUACUUACGCUUUACGAACUCACGGAGAGCGAUGCGACGGCGUCUCAAGAGUUUCACGGCAUGGACGCAGAACUCCUGCAGAAGUCACUCCAGGUCCUUGUCAAGCGCGGAAGGGCUCAAGUCUUUGGAAGUGAGGAUUCCCUGGGCGUGAAGUUUUUCUAG